ACAAGCGGAACGAAACACACUUGUCCUCCUGACGGGCCGGAACGUUUCCCCUGCUGCACCGCGCCACCGGAAGUCCUGGCUCUCAUGUGGGCUCGUGUUGACAACACAACGUUUCUUCGCUGAUUCGCGAUUUAAAGAUUCACAGAGACACACGAGAGACUCAGACUGAAACAUGUCCGACCACGAAGACAACUUCGAUGAUGGAGACUUUGAUGACGCCGAAGAGGACGAGGGGUUAGACGAUCUAGAAAACGUGGAAGAUGAGGACCAGGAGAAUGUGCAGAUCUUGCCGGCAGGAGAGGGACAGCUGGCAAACCAGAAGAGGAUCACAACACCGUACAUGACCAAAUACGAGCGGGCCAGAGUGCUGGGGACACGAGCUCUUCAGAUAGCGAUGUGUGCUCCAGUCAUGGUGGAGCUGGAGGGAGAAACAGACCCCUUGCAAAUAGCCAUGAAAGAGCUUAAGAGCAGAAAGAUUCCCAUCAUCAUCCGCAGGUACCUCCCCGAUGGGAGUUAUGAGGACUGGGGCUGUGACGAGCUCAUCAUAACAGACUAAACAAAUUAUCCAGUCAUAGCCGCCAUUUUAUCAGGUCAGUCAGCUGCACAAACCCAGAGGAGACUUUACAAUGACGCAGCCAUCAGUUGCUCCGGCCUCCAAAAGAUCCACUGAAUUAUCAGGUGACUGUGUUGAA